GGGUAAAGCUAGAGACCAGGCUGAGCACGGCUGGGAUCUCAAGUGCAAGUGUGGACGCGGGGCAGGCUGGCUUCACUCUCCGUACGGCGGCGCCGGCGCGAGCCCGAGCAGAGCCGGGCGGUGGAAUGGGCGUGCUCCGAAAGAACGGGGGCUUGAGUCCCGGGCCGAGCGCUGACCACGCCCCUCCAGGUGACUGGUUUUCCUUGACCGCUACUGUUGGUCCCAGAUUCGCUGCGGGAAUGCUCGAUGGAGCCUUUCUCUGUUCUCUGUGGCAUUUCCAAUUUUAGAUAAUGUCUUACAUCUCUGCCCCUCGGGGACCCCCUGGAGCCCCCAUGAUCCGGAAGAAGACAGCUUGAACCUAGAACCUUCCAUUCUCCCUCCCAGACCUCAAGUCAAGAUGCUGCGGAGGUUGCUGGAAAGGCCCUGCACACUGGCCCUGCUUGUGGGCUCCCAGUUGGCUGUCAUGAUGUACCUGUCACUAGGGGGCUUCCGGAGCCUCAGUGCCCUGUUUGGUCGGGAUCAGGGGCCAACAUUUGACUACUCUCAUCCCCGUGACGUCUAUACUAACCUCAGCCGCCUGCCUGGGGCUCCUAUAGCUGCAGGGGGUCCUCCAGCCCCUCAAGCUCUGCCCUACUGUCCAGAACGAUCUCCUUUCCUAGUGGGCCCCGUAUCAGUGUCCUUUAGCCCAGUGCCAUCGAUAGCAGAGAUUGUGGAGCGGAAUCCCCGGGUAGAACCAGGGGGCCGGUACCGCCCCGCAGGGUGUGAACCUCGCUCCCGAACAGCCAUUAUUGUACCCCAUCGUGCCCGGGAGCACCACCUGCGCCUUCUGCUCUACCACCUGCACCCCUUCCUUCAGCGCCAGCAGCUUGCAUAUGGCAUCUAUGUCAUCCACCAGGCUGGAAAUGGAACAUUUAACAGGGCAAAGCUACUGAAUGUUGGGGUGCGGGAAGCCCUGCGUGAUGAAGAAUGGGACUGCCUGUUCUUGCAUGAUGUGGACCUCCUGCCAGAAAAUGACCAUAAUCUCUAUGUGUGUGACCCCCGGGGACCCCGCCAUGUUGCUGUUGCCAUGAACAAGUUUGGAUACAGCCUCCCGUACCCUCAGUACUUUGGAGGGGUCUCAGCGCUCACCCCCGACCAGUAUCUGAAGAUGAAUGGCUUCCCCAAUGAAUACUGGGGCUGGGGUGGUGAGGAUGACGACAUUGCUACCAGGGUACGUCUGGCUGGGAUGAAGAUCUCUCGGCCCCCCACAUCUGUGGGGCAUUAUAAGAUGGUGAAGCACCGAGGAGAUAAGGGCAACGAGGAAAACCCCCACAGAUUUGACCUCCUGGUCCGCACUCAGAACUCUUGGACACAAGAUGGGAUGAACUCACUGACCUACCGAUUGCUGGCUCGAGAGCUGGGUCCUCUCUAUACCAACAUCACUGCAGAUAUUGGGACUGACCCUCGGGGUCCCCGGUCUGCCUCCGGUCCCAGAUACCCACCUGGUUCUUCCCAAGCCUUCCGUCAGGAGAUGCUGCAGCGCCGGCCCCCAGCUAGGCCUGGUCCUCUGCCUACUGCCAACCACACAGCGCCCCGUGGCUCACCCUGACUCCUGCCUGCCCACCUUCAUCAUGAAACUGAACCAAAGGGGUUGUAUCUUCCCCGUCCUCAGCUCCUCACUGCUCUCAGAGGGAUGUGGGGGAAUUAAACUAGUGCUAUGCUGGGGGGCAGGGACCUCUCCUCAUUGCUAGACUGGAGCUGGGCUCCUCUAGACCUGGGGGUCCCUCUUUCUUGGGGUCUCCUGCCAGGGCUUACGACUGUGAAUCCUUGAUGUCAUGAUUUUAUGUGGUGACUCCCGAGAGUCCCUUGUCCCCUGGGGUAGGAGCAGGGCUGGACCCCAAGCCCCUUCCUCAUCCAUGGACAUCACUCUUUUCAAAGAGUGAUUUGGCUUCUCCUGGGACCUCUGUGAAUAUUUAUUCUAUUUAUGGUUCCCAGGAAGCUGUCUGGUGAAGGAAGCCCCUACCUGGGUCCUUUCUGCCAGUGCUGGAGUAGUUCUCUCUUCUGGUCUUGGCUCAGGGGGUGGGAUUUUGAUAUCUUUUCUAAUAAAGGACUUUGUCUCACA